AUUUCUCUGAAAAUGCAGGUGCAUAGAUGGUCCACGUUACACCAGAGGUCUGCCCGCAAUAGGUUGUACUGGCAUGGUCGUAUAAAAAGGCAGCUAAUUUCACUGAAAAAAAGAGACGUUCAUAUUCAUAUAGGAGUCAGCUGUUGCGGCUUCUUCUUCUUCUUCUUCUUCUUCUUCUUCUUCUUCACUGGUUAUCUUGAGCUUCUUCCAACUGGAGGAGGCAAGGCAACCAUGGAAGUGAUCAACAAGUAUGUGACCAUAAAGACCCAUAUAGAGGAUGCGCCCAAGGAAGCCGACUUCGACCUCAAGACUUCAACUUUGGCUCUGUCGCUCGAGCCUGGCUCGAAGGGGAUGAUUGUCAAGAAUCUGUACGUGUCCUUCGACCCGUACCAGUUGAACAGGAUGAAGAGUCACAGCUCAUCACAGAAGACCCUCCGUAUCACCGAGGGAAUCACUCCUGGCCGUGAAAUUGAAGCUUUUGGUGUGGCAAGAGUUGUGGCCUCUGAGAAUCCUGAAUAUGAGAAGGGCGAUUUGGUGGUGGGAUUUGUCACUUGGGCAGAGUACAGCAAAAUGGGAAGCGAUGGAAUGAUCAAGAAGCUUGAUCAGAUGGAUUUUCCUCUGUCUUACCAUGUUGGGAUAUUGGGAUUUAGUGGACUCACAGCCUAUGCGGGGUUCUUCGAGAUAUGCAAGCCAAAGCGAGGAGAGAAGGUGUUUGUGUCGGCGGCAUCAGGGUCAGUUGGGAACUUGGUCGGACAGUACGCGAAGUUGCACGGGUGCUACAUCGUCGGCUGUGCCGGAAGCGAGCAAAAGGUACGACUGCUCAAGGAAAAACUGGGCUUUGAUGAGGCCUUCAACUACAGGGAGGAAACUGAUUUGAACUCAACUCUCAAAAGGUAUUUUCCUGAUGGGAUCGAUAUAUACUUUGACAACGUGGGCGCCGAGAUGCAAGAAGCUGCGGUCGCUAACAUGAAUGCCUUUGGCAGAGUUGCCAUGUGCGGAGUAAUAUCCGAGUACGUAGAUCCGGGAAAAAGAGCUGCGCCCAAUAUGUUAGAAGUCAUUUACAAGAGAAUAAAGAUCCAGGGCUUUUUAGCUGGGGAUCACAUUGGCCUUUUCCAGGACUUCAUCUCGACCACCAGCGACCAUCUCCGCAGCGGCAAGUUGUGCCCGCUUGAGGACAUCUCGGAUGGCCUGGACAGCAUUCCCUUUGCUUUCGUAGGGCUAUUUCGUGGAGACAACAUCGGGAAGAAAAUUGUUAAGAUUGCAGAAGAAUGAGAGUUUGCUUAUUGCAGUUAUAACUUAGUCAGAUCAGUGCUUCAUUAUCUGAUUCACUCGAGUUUACAUAUCAUAAAUUGCCUGAAACUUCUUAUAUCUUUUUGUGAUAGGAAUCUUAAAAUGGAGAAUGGCAAAACAAUUUGAUGCAGCGGCAAUGAAAUCUUUAGAAAGAAGA